CAGCUCAGAAGGUCGUCCAUUCCGACUAGGAACUGGAGCCAAUAUGGAGAAAGUGGUGAAAAUGGAUCGAGACAUGACAAAAAGUGGCUGCUGUGAAGUUAUUACAGAAGAAGCUGCUGCAGCUCUUCGAAAAGCUACUAAAUGGGCACAGUCUGGCCUCAUAGUUAGUGUUGGGCCACCCAUAGAAACUGUCAAUCCAGAAACUACUAGUGGGUUGUCUACUGGGGACAAAAAGAAGACAGCACAAACAUCUAUUUGCCGAGAGAGGAAUUCAGAGCUUGCCAGGACGGAUCCUGUGAGACCAUUCAUUAGUGGUCAUGUUGCAAACAGCAUGGCAGCAGAGGUGAUUGCUUUGCUACACAGCUUGUUGAUGGCACCAGAAUCAAAUGCAGCUCAGAUCUGGACAACAACUGCUGAAAAAGUUCUGUCUCGGGCUCUGAUGUACAUCCCACAACUUGGGAAAUAUGCAGAGAGUAUUUUGGAGAAUGGCAGUAGCAGUGGAAGGAAACUGGCUAAACUUCAAAGAAUCGCUCGGCAGGCAGUAGCUGCCCUGUGUGCUCUGGGUGGCUUUAAGGAGACAAUUAAAAUAGGUUCUGAAGUUCAGGUUUUAGGUAAAGGAAUAGCAGGAAGCAUUGGAAUUGUGGCAUCUAUUAAUGAACAAGAAGGUAUAGCAACGGUCAAAUUUCCACCUACCAGUAUAGACGGUAGAAAGACCUCACAAGCAUCAGACACAUUAACUAUUCCAUUAUCUAGGCUCUGUGUUCCAAGAUCUGAGGCAUUGCCUCUUCAUAAACUGUCCAUUACUGAGAAGGUAGUACAGGCAGUCCAGUCCAUGUUGCUCCCUCAGGAGGGAAGUCUAUCUAUUCACACCUCACUUCCUGCAACAGGAGAUGGCUCAACUCCAGUAAUGGCAGUGGUCCGACUUCUUGCUGAAAUAAGAACCAGAGCAUGCCUGGUGAUGGCUCAGCUGUUAGAAGACAGCUCAUUCUGUGAAGAAUUCAUUCAACAGUGUCCAGCUGCUGUAGAAGUCCUUAAUCUGGUAGCACAGGAGUGCAGCCCUGGGGAGAGGCUCCUGGUUGUAGAAAUGCAGUGUGAAAGGUUACGGAUGUUGUACCGUGACUGCGCUCGGCCUCCUCCUCCUCCCCUCCAAGCAGACAGAAGACAGCCCAAAGAAAUCACAUGGAGCCCAUCAAGAGUGUUUCCCCCUGUCCGAGCAUGCAUGUUCUCAUCACACCUCACUGCUGUGACCUUUUUGGCUGAUCCUAGUGCAGGUGGGGGACUGCCCCGGGGCACCUUUAUCUAUGCCACUUCACCAGUUCCAGUACAGGCACCAUCAUUCUACUGGGAAAUUGAAAUAGUUUCCUAUGGGGAUACAGAUGAUGACACUGGACCAAUAGUUUCAUUUGGGUUUGCUACAGAAGCUGAGAAACGAGAUGGUGCUUGGACCAACCCAGUGGGCACCUGUCUCUUUCACAACAAUGGGCGAGCAGUGCAUUACAAUGGCUCCAGCCUGCUGCAGUGGAAGAGUGUUAGGCUGGAUGUGACUCUUUCUCCUGGUGAUGUAGCAGGAAUUGGAUGGGAAAGAACAGAAGGAACUCCACCCCCUCCAGGGCAGCCUGCUAAAGGCAGAGUUUAUUUUACAUAUUGUGGGCAGCGACUUGGGCCAUAUCUAGAAGAUGUCUCUGGUGGAAUGUGGCCAGUUGUCCACAUUCAGAAAAAGAACACCAAAGUCCGUGCUAACUUUGGAGCUCGCCAGUUUGCCUAUGCUGAGGGCCAGGCUCACAGGAACGCUGCUGACCUGUGCAUUGACCUCGCCGAAGAAAUCAGUGCCAACUUUGAAGCCUUGCCCUUUGCCAUGGCCUCUGAUAGUGACAAUGAUGCUGGCACCAGCAUAGCUUCUGACCCUGGCACCCACGGACCUCCGUGCCGCAUUGCUGCCGUCGCUACGGCCCAGCAACAGUAUGACAGUGACACAUCUUGCCACUAUAAAAUGGAACUGAGCUAUGAGAACUUCAUCACAUCAGGCCCUGAUCCUCAUCCUCCUCCUAUUGCAGAUGAUGAAAGUGAUGAUGAUGAUGACGAUGAUAUUCCCCGGGAGGAUCACUACGCCCUGCUGGUUAAAGCCUGGGAAACUAAAGUUUUACCUACAAUUAGAAGAAGAUUUCGUAAUGAGGCUGAGAGGAAGUCUGGGCUGGAUCAGAUUAAAGGAGCUCUACAGUUAGGAAUGGUUGACAUAGCACGACAAACUGUGGAAUUCCUUUAUGAGGAAAAUGGUGGCAUCCCAAGAGACCUUUACCUUCCUACUAUCGAGGAUAUCAAAGAUGAAGCAAACAAAUUUACAAUCGAUAAAGUACGAAAAGGUCUCACAGUGGUGACUCGUUCUCCUGACAGCAACAACGUCACCAGCAGUGCUGUUGGAACAGCUUUACCCAAGUUUGCUAUUCGUGGCAUGCUGAAGACAUUUGGUCUUCAUGGUGUUGUUUUGGAUGUUGAUUCUGUAAAUGAAUUGGUACAAGUGGAGACCUAUCUCCGGAGUGAAGGAGUUCUGGUGAGAUACUGGUACCCUAUUGACAUGUUAGAGAGGCCACCUGCUGGUUACAGGAGGACUGCAACCAAUGGAUUGGUUACCCUGGAUAACACCAACAUCCAGAUUCACAGAGAGCUCCUGCGAAGCGAAGCUGCUCUGGCCAAGCUCUACUGCCGCAUGGCUCUCCUCAAUAUUUUUGCCCCCAAAUCCCCACACAUGUUUACUCGACUGUUCCAUAUUCCUGCCAUCCGUGAUAUCACCCUGGAGCACCUGCAGUUGCUCUCCAACCAACUUCUGGCACCACCUCUUCCAGAUGGAACAAUCAGUUCAAGUUCUAUCCUUUUGGCCCAGUCCCUGCAACACUGUGUCCAUUCCCAGAACUGUGCUGCCACAGAUCUCUUCUACCAGGGCAACUCCCAAGCCAUCAGGGAGUGGCUUACUGUUGCCAUUACUAGGACACUACAUCAAGGAGAGGAGAGUCUGUUAGACCUCACUAAACAGAUCUGCUCCUUUUUGCAGCACCAUCCUGCUGAAGAAUUCCCAAUUUCUGAAUCCAAAGUCAAUAUGGAUGUUAAUUUUCCUGGGGCUGCAUUUGUAAUUGUGUCCUGCAAGGAAAGUCAGUCUGGAUUCCGCAAAGAUUCAUCCCUGUAUAAAGCUCCUUGGGCUCGAGUGCUUGUCUAUGGGCUUGGGCAUAAAGUGAAGAGGAAUGGUCAGUUGAACCUCAUUGAAGCAGUGUGCUAUCCUCGGGAUGCCUCUCCAACCAACACAGGCCUCACACCUCCCCCAACCACCAACCAGUACCCUUCAGUGAUCACCCCCACAGACAAGGUCCACAUCAAGCUAGGAGUAUCUCCUCCUCCUGGAGCUGUGUUGGUCUUGCAUUCCCUUCCCCUUGAAUUCCCCCUGGCAAUGGCAUUCACAGAACAGCUAUUAACUUGGAAAUUGGAAGAUGGGGAUGGAAAAUCAGAAGACGAACUGGAUACUAUUCCUGCUUCAGUUCUCUUGCAAGUAGUGGAAUUUUUAGGGAACUUCCUCUGGACCACAGACAUGGCUGCGUGCGUGAAGGAAUUAAUAUUUCAUCUCUUGGCUGAGCUGCUUCGUAAAAUUCACAACCUGGAGCAGAAAAAAAAUCCAGCAGGACUCUCAUCUUCCAUUGCCCUUCAGCUCAAUCCCUGUCUAGCUAUGCUUAUGGCCCUGCAGUCAGAACUCCACAAGCUGUAUGAUGAAGAAACACAAAACUGGGUGUCUGGGAACGCGUGUGGUGGUUCUGGGGUUGGAGCGGCCGACCAAGGGAGAUUCUCAACAUACUUCCAUGCUCUGAUGGAAGUCUGCCUUGCUGUAGCAGAAGUAACCUUACCUAUCAAUAUGAGUGUAACAGCUAAUGUGAUGUCUUCAACAAGUGCUCCAAAUCUUAGUGACUCUUCCUCCUCAUCCUCGUCUUCUCCAGGACAGACGCCGCAGAGUCCAAGCUUGCUGUCAAAGAGGAAAAAAGUCAAAAUGAAGCGGGAGAAGACAUCAUCCUCAGGCAAGAGGUCCUCAUCCAGAGCAGCUGAAACAGACACAGCCAUCCUCAGCAUAGGAGGAAGCAAGCCUGAGGAUAUGCUGUGGUUCCACAGAGCGCUGACGCUGCUCAUCAUUCUCAGACACCUGACUAGGAAGGAUCCACAGGGGCUGGGGGUGACAAACGAUGCUGUAGCAGAUGCAUGCCAAGCUCUGGUGGGUCCCACGGCUCACAGCCGCUUGCUGGUCAUCUCUGGAAUCCCAACCCACCUGGAGGAGAGCACCGUCCGGAGCGCCAUCAGGAAGGCUUGUAACGCGCACGGCGGAGUCUUCAAAGACGAGAUCUACAUCCCUCUGCAGGAAGAGGAUCCCAAAAAAACCAAGGACAAAGCAGAAGGAGGAGAAUGCAGAACAGAGCUGGAGAAGCCGAUGGUUUCGAGCAGCGCCGACAGCCUGGACGUGAGCAGCUCCAGCAGUGUCACCCCAGCCAUGAGCGUCAGCGCCUCGGCCUCCACCAGCCAGGCCUCCCUCUGCAGCUCCCAGGGCAUCUCCCGCACCGUCAGCGACAUCUCCGUGGACCAGUUUCAAGCUGGGCUGGAACUGGCCAUCCCCCCGGGGCUGCUGGAACCCCACGUGGUGUCCAGCCAGGAGAGCCUGGACCUCUCUCACUGCAGCACCGGGAGCCUCGGCAGCCCGGGGACGCUGGACAACGUGGAGACGGCGUCCGUGUCGGACGUGGGCUCCAUGUACACGGUCACCUCUCUGGACAACCAGCCCCUCCUGGCACGGCCCAUCAAAGGUUUUGCUGUAGUGGAGAUAAGGUCAAGAGCUAAGAUAGAGAAAAUUCGAGCCAGUCUCUUCAAUAGCAGUGAUCUCAUUGGUUUGUCAAGCCUGGAUGGUGAAGAUGAACUGAUGGAAAUGUCAACUGAAGAGAUUUUAACUGUUUCUACUGUAAAUCAGAGCUUAUUUGACACACAAGGGAGCCCAGCACUAGAAGAUUAUUUCAAUGAUAAGUCCAUAAAAGGUGAGAAAUUGGUCCCAGGUGCUCGGGAAGUCCUGACAGAAAUAUUUAAGAGCUGUGUCCAUUCAGAGCAAAUGCUGAGCCUCACUCCAGCAAAACCCAUUAAGGUUGCUGACAUCUAUCUCAGUAAAGAGCAGAUCAAUUCUCAGACUCCUGGAAACCUCCUUCAUGUGUUCUUCACAAACGUCCGCCCUCCAAAGAAGGUGCUGGAGGACCAGCUUACUCAGAUUUUAAGGAAAUAUGGUGUACCCAAGCCAAAAUUUGACAAGAGCAAGUACAACAAGGCAGGCAAGGAACAGCAUCCAGUGAAAGUUGUGAGCACCAAGCGCCCAGUUACCAAACCUCCUACCAAGGAGAAGUCCAUGCUCAAUAGUGUCAGCCGAACAGCCUUAAGUGAGAAGAAACCUACUGUAAAGCCAAAAUCUCCUGAGAAGAGCAAACCUGAAGAGAAGGACCCUGAAAAGUCCCCCACAAAGAAACAGGAAGUUCCUGAGGAGAAGUAUCUGACGCUGGAUGGGUUUCACAGAUUCGUGGUUGACCGAUCUAAGCAGGACAUCCGUAGUGUCUGGAGAGCUAUCCUGUCCUGUGGAUAUGAUCUGCAUUUUGAAAGGUGUGCCUGCAUUGAUGCAAGACAUGCUCAGAAAGCAUCCCGAAAGUGGACCCUGGAGAUGGACGUGGCCCUGGUCCAGUACAUCAACAGGCUCUGUCGUCACCUUGCCAUCACACCAGCACGACUCCAUCCCCAUGAAGUUUAUUUGGACCCAGCUGAUGCAGCAGAUCCCAGAAUUUCCUGUCUGUUGAACGUUCCAGUGGAGAGCCUGCGGCUGCGGUUUGCGCUGCUGCAGUCCCUCAACACCACCCUGGAGACCUUCUUCCUGCCUCUGGUGGAACUCCGGCAGACGGAGAUGUACGCCAACAGCAUCGCUGCCUUGCUGCAGGAGGCCAAAGGUUUAAUCUUCUACGACACAAAAGUAACAGUCAUGAACAGAGUGCUGAAUGCCACAGUCCAGAGAACUGCUGAUCAUGCAGCCCCAGAGAUCACCCUGGAUCCCUUGGAAAUCGUUGGAGGGGAGAUCCGUUCUUCAGAGAACUCUUAUUUCUGCCAGGCAGCCAGGCAGCUGGCCUGUGUGCCCUCCUCACAGCUCUGUGUCAAGCUGGCCAGUGGGGGGGACCCCACCUAUGCCUUCAACAUCCGCUUCACCGGCGAGGAGGUCCAUGGCACCA